ACGUUACGGGGAACGGGGAUAAGUAAAGUAACCUACAAUGACACCUUGAAGCUUGCUUAAGGUCAAAGUUUUUAAAGAAGUAAAUUACUUGCACGUGUUCUAUUCUUUCACAAAAAAGAAGAAAGAAAAGGGGGGACAGAAAUAAGCAUAGUAUCUAAGUUUGAAUUCUUAUCUCGAAACUAAUGACAUCUGAAUUAAAGUACCAAUAUUUAAUAGAUUACGAAAUUCAGUCCAAGUAUUUUGUGUCCUCACAUUCAUCACUCGUAAGCUGAUUACAAGGAUUACGGACAAAAUUCAUGUUCUCGUAAUCAACUUCAAAUAACCGUUCUAUUAAUGUUUAAUUUUUCGUGAGGUUUACAGCUUAUUAGCAAAAACAACCAUGGCCACUACACAGUCUCCACCAGCUACAAUGCCGAAGUACAUUCGAUUUCUUUUUGGUGGACUUGCUGGAAUGGGAGCCACCUGUUUUGUUCAACCUCUUGAUCUUAUCAAAAAUCGGAUGCAGCUGAGUGGUGAAGGUGGUAAAGCGAAAGAACAUAAAACUAGCCUGCAUGCAAUUAAAAGUGUUAUUAAGAAUGAAGGAAUCUCUGGGCUGUAUGUUGGGCUAUCAGCUGGUCUCCUAAGACAAGCAUCAUAUACAACUGUUCGCAUGGGUGUCUAUUCAACUCUAUUUGAAAAAUUCUCGUAAGAAGAU